CAUCGCAUGCUCACGAUACUUCCGAUUUAAGUGUGUGUCAUACAAAUAACAAAAACCUCUCAGGUAUUCGGAAAAUAAAUGCAAAAUAUGCCUAUUUCGGAGCACAUCAAUGCAAUGGCCGAAACUCCGACUCCAGCUGGAAAUACCACGGCUCCGGCAGACGCGGAUGCUCCGCCCCAGACUGUCCGGGAACUGACCCAAACGGAUCAUCUGAACAAGCGCCUCCUAAAGUCACUCCUGGACAACAUGCAGGCCACCGAAGGCAUGGCGCAGGACAGCGAGAACGCCUCCAACGAGGAGGACAACGAGUUCGAAGAAUAAAUCCUUUUAUUAAUGUACAGUAAAGCUAGUGAACUAAAA